AUCUGGACGCUGAAAAAUGUCCACAAACGCAGCGUCAGCAACUGAUAAAUAUUUACUGAGAGUUGUUAAUAAGACUGUUCACUGAACCAAAUUAAGGAAUCGUCCUUUAAAAAAAUGUUCAAACUUUUCUACAGUGAACACUUACUGAUUGAGAGAAGCCAGAAAUCGGAGCCUGUGUGCGGUACCUGAAGGCAGCACGCUGUUCUGUUGUACUGCUGUUGUGUUGACAGAACGUCAGACUCGAGAGUUGCAGCUGGAUGAGCAGAAUGGUGAACUUGAAGGAAACAUUCACUUAUUUCCGACUUUAACUGCCGUGUUACUCGGCUCACCUUUACGCUUUGUAUUAAUUUGCGUAUUUUUUUAUUAUUAAAAAUCCGACGUUAUAUUUAUGUGAAAGUUGUUGGUCUUUUUUCCGUGCUAUGGCUGAGACACUGUCACAGACACAGGUGGUUCAAACAGACCCGGAUUUUGAACCCCUGUCCCGUCCCAGAUCCUGUACCUGGCCGCUGCCCAGACCGGAGCUGACUGAUCCCAGCAGCUCCAUCAGCUCCUCCCCGGCUGCCUCCCUGCAGCAGGAGCCGGGGACCCCCGCCGAGUUCACCGCCAUCCUGUUAGAGGAGGACCGUGCGGAGCAACAAGUGUGCAAAAGCAUCGAAUGCCGGGAUUCGACCCCUCAGUAUCAUCAUCAUCACCACCCUCAGCGGCAGGUAGCAGGUGUGAGCGGCCAGAGGAAGAGCAGCUCGUCCCGGAGGAACGCCUGGGGGAACCUGUCCUACGCCGACCUGAUCACCACAGCCAUCAACAGCUCAGGCGACAAACGGCUCACCCUGUCCCAGAUCUACGACUGGAUGGUCAAAAGUGUCCCUUACUUCAAGGACAAAGGGGACAGCAACAGCUCUGCCGGCUGGAAGAACUCCAUCAGACACAACCUGUCGCUGCACAGCCGUUUUGUGCGCAUACAGAAUGAGGGCACGGGAAAAAGCUCCUGGUGGAUGCUGAAUCCAGAGGGAGGAAAGAAUGGGAAGUCGCAUCGACGCAGAGCCACCUCCAUGGACAACAACAACAAGUUUGCCAAAAGCAGAGGAAGAGCCAUGAAAAAAAAGAUGGCGCUACAUGAAGGCAUAGGGGGUGGAGCAGACAGCCCUAGCUCCCAGUAUUCUAACUGGCUGGGAAGCCCAAACUCACAUAGUAAUAAUGACUUUGAAGCCUGGAGCUCCUUCAGGACACGCACCAGCUCUGAUGCCAGUACCCUCAGUGGUCACCAUUCUCCUUUCCAGUCGGAACAGGAUGACCUGGGGGAAUCUGAGGUCCACAUGUUGUAUCCUGGAGGGGCAGGGACCAAGAUAACUGUGACCUUGCCCAGCCUGUCUGAGGUGACUGGAUCCAUGAGCCAACAUAGCUCAGAUGCCGUUAUGGAGAGUUUGGUGAAUAACCUGAAUCUGCAAUCUCCUAAAAAUCCACAGAUGGCUUCCGAUUCCUCACAGACCACAAACACUCCCAUGGUUCACGCUUCACCUCCUCAGCCACCUUUGGACUAUCAUAGCUCCAUGUACAGCCCGGUGAGGAUGGACUCUCUGUCCGCUGUCACUUUGCAGACACUUCCAAGCACCAAACCAGGCUUUGGGGCUUAUGACAACCAUCAUAACUACUCUGAUGGCCUUAUCAAGGAGCUGGUGAAUGAACUAUCAGAACCCAGGAGGGACAUGGUACCUUUUGAAGAUACAGUCUUGUCUGAGAUUGGGAGGGGCCAUUGUCUUAUUCCUAGUUAUAGCAGCUACAGCCAUGUAGGGGAGCAUAAUGGUAUAAAAAUGAUGAAUCUUCAGAAAAUUGACCAUCUUCCACAAGUAAACCCACAUGCAGCAUAUUCUCAAGGUCCUUCAAUCUCACAAGACUUGAACAGCUGCCACUUGAUCCCUCUUACUAGUCUGAGUAGUCUUUCGGGAGCUCAUCCUCAAAUGACCAAACCGAGGACCUACAUGCACCCAUCUCUUGGUCACUCAACACUGUGUAAUAAUGAUAUGGCAAACUAUGGAAAUAGCAACAGCCACAGAGAUCUGCAUUCACUUCAUCAGUACGGUCACCAGCAGGAGCGGCUGCCUAGCGACCUGGACAACAUGUCCGUUGAGAGGUUUGAAUGCGACAUGGAUUCAGUCCUUCACGAGACUCUGAUGGACGGAGGAGGGCUGGACUUUAACUUUGAGGCUACAGUUGGGCCUGUGGCAUUUUCACAGCGGGUGAAGACUGCCACACAUAGCUGGGUGUCAGGCUAGGACACACAGCAGAUCACUUGACUGAUACCUGAACAGGUUUACCUCUGCAUCAGACACAACUCAGUUUCUUGUAAGGACAGGAAAAUAUUUCUCCGUCAGACCCCACUUGAAGACCCCAAACGUUUGUUUUAGUGGAUUUUACAUUUUGAGCUGCAGCUCCGUGUAUCACCGUAUGUUCCUACUUGAAAUAGAAAACAAAAGACUGAUAAUGUGAAUUUAACUUCAACUCUUAAACAUUUGAGUAACCUGUAGAUUAAAAAUGAUAAUUUAUUUGUUUGGAUUGAUGAAAGAAAAGCACAUCCAGAUACUCCAACAACCUCAACCACAAUUUCCUAAAGCAAACCAGUAGAACAUUGUAACAUCAUGUUGGAUUGAUGCCUUCUUCAGGUUUGACCUUGAAGAAUACGGGCCAUUCUGCAUCUUUUGGAGGAAAUGCAACUCAUUCAUCUGAAGUCCAGGCACUUCAUAUCAACUAGAGCCUGUUUUAUUGCUAAAAAAAAAAAAAAUGCAAAUUUUGUAGCUAAAGGUGCCUGGACUUUGUGUUGUCCUCAAGAUGUAUCACUGCUCAUCUAAGUGGCCACUUCUAUUUAAAAAAAUACUUUACGUCUAGAUCGGACUUCCCUAGAUGACAGAAAACCUUCACCGGCUGUUAAUUUAGCAUUUUUGAAGGACACUGUAAAUGUUUCUUCCUGUCAUAUGUCAUAUUGAGGUUUCAAUUCUCAUGCAAAAUCUCAGAGAGGUGGCUGCGCUGCAAGAUGUGAACAACAUGGGGAACUGCUACAAGACGCUCUGAUAACACUGAUGUCACUGUUAUUUACAAUAGGAAUUGCCGUGAGCUGCGAUCUCAUUCUUGUCAUUGUGGUAGAAAGUAAAGUUUGCUCUUUAACGGCCUGCUUAUUAUCUUUUACAACACUGUUUCUCCUGUAUGUCCCAGAGUAAUAUAUAUGAGAUGUUUGAAAUUUGGUUCUGCAUGGGUUGAAGGUAGCACACACGGAAUCUUUGGAAUAUUUGUUUUAGCAAGUUUUCAUUGGUCUC